CAUUUGGGAUUAAGUAUUUAUGCAAUCCGCCAAAACAACCACCUAACCUUGCUUUAAUUUAACUUUCACAACAUUUAAAAGUAGGUUUUAGCUUUACUUGAUCCUCUAUUUGGCCUAGUUUAGCCUGCCAUUGAAUACAUUUGUGUACAUUUCACAUUGUUCCUGUCGAAAUUCGGUUGCCACCCUUUCAAGGCUGAAAUAUAUGUGUGGGUGCGUUGCACCAUCUGCUUCAAAUCUUGCAAAAUUCGCCCUCCAAGUGUAUAAGAGCCGUUGUUAAUGUCCGCGAGUAAGGAUUUAGCAUGUAUCCUAAAGAGCCUGCAGCUCAUCCUUGAAGCGCAGGUAAACUUGCAAAGGAAAGCUUUAAAUCACGUCUGGCGGACCUCAAACGUUCGGCCGCUAAUCCAGCAAUGUACGAAAGAUGGGCUGAAGGCUCCAGACCAAAUCAGCCUGGCUGACUGGGCAAACUGCUGCAAAGAUGGAUCUGAGAGGAUUAGUGUGGUUGUGCGGGGUAUCAAGGCUUUCACUGACUUGCCUCAGGGGAAUGGGCAUACCAGCACAGAAACGUUGUUAGUGCACAAACUAGUUCAGCCCAAUAUUCCUUCAAAUUCACUCCAAGGCAGUGUAGACGUUGCAUCCGUUCGCAGUCGACAGCAAUCGAAAGCAGCGGUUUAUCCAGAUAUUCCUCCAUCUGAGUACCAAAUUAAAUUAUCGCAAAGCGAUAAAGAGCUGCUGAGAAAACUGGAUAUGGAGCACAGAGCCAAGCUUGUCAAGCAGACAGAGAGGGAACAAGAUGAGAGCCCAAGGAACACCGUUGGGGAAUCGAUUAAGGAACAGCAGGCCAAAGUGGCCGCCGUGCCAAACUCAAAGACCAAGCUGAAACUUAGUGAUAAUGCGAAGCAGAGGAAAGUUCCAUCAAGUAGGAUCGGCAGAAUGAUGUCUUUUGGGUCUCUGGCAGCCGGCUUGGGAGUGGGCACUGCUGCGGAGUACUUGAAGCAAACCUUCAAGAUUGGUGACGUUUCUCCUGAUGGCUCCAACCUGUUGAUGAGCAAAGCAAACCUGGAUAGGAUUGUGGACACAUUGUGUAAAGUCCGAGGUGCCGCCCUUAAAUUGGGGCAGAUUCUCAGCAUACAGGAUGAAUCGGUGAUCAGUCCUGAUUUGGCCAAAGCCCUAGAACGAGUGCGAAGCUCUGCGGAUUUUAUGCCUGAUUGGCAAGUGGACCAGGUUUUGGGCUCAGAGCUAGGGGAUGGUUGGGAGGAGAAACUAGCUGUGUUUGAGCGCAAGCCCUUUGCGGCUGCAUCCAUAGGGCAGGUGCACUAUGGCAAGCUGAAAAACGGCCAGGAAGUUGCCAUCAAAAUCCAGUAUCCGGGCGUAGCCCGGGGCAUCGAAAGCGACAUUGAUAAUUUGGGAGGGAUAUUGAAAAUGUGGAACAUUUUCCCGAAGGGCAUGUUUUUGGAGAACCUCAUGGCGGUGGCAAAGCGCGAGCUGGCCUGGGAAGUGGAUUAUCUUCGCGAAGCAGAGUGCACGAAGAAAUUCAAGGCUCUGCUGACCGGUUAUGAUGGCUUUUAUGUUCCAGUCGUACUUGACGAUUUGAGCACCAAACAGAUUUUCACCACUGAACUAUUGGACGGCGUGCCACUGGACCAAUGCUUCGAGAUGGAAGUGGAACAUCGCCAAGUAAUCGGCGAGAAAAUCAUGGAAUUGGUCCUUCUCGAGAUCCUUCGCUUCAAGUACAUGCAGACGGAUCCCAACUGGGCGAAUUUCCUAUACAAUCCUGCCAAGAAACAGUUGUUGUUAUUGGACUUUGGCGCCAGCCGCGAAUAUUCCAAGGAGUUUAUGGACAAGUAUGUGCAAGUCUUAAAGGGAGCUUGCGAUGGCAGUCGGGAUACCGUGCUGAACAUGUCCAAAGAAAUCGGAUUUUUGACGGGAUAUGAAAGCAAGGUAAUGGAAGACGCACAUGUCGAUGCCGUGAUGAUUUUGGGCGAGAUUUUCCGCUCCGAAGGAAAAUACGACUUUGCGCAUCAGGACAUGACUCUGCGGAUCCAAAACCUCGCUCAGACCAUGCUGGUACAUCGGCUGUGUCCCCCGCCUGAAGAAGUCUACUCGUUGCAUCGCAAGCUCUCCGGCGUCUUCCUUCUUCUGUCCAAACUUCGCGUGCAGAUCGAAUGCCGCCAGCAGUUCCUCGCCCUGUACGAGGAAUACAUGCGCCUGAAUCCACCCCAACACUAAUUGCGUCGAUGUUUUUAACCCUUUACUGCAUGAUUUUUUAAAAUUAACUCAAAAAAAUGCGGCAUUUGGAAAAAUGUUUAUUGAUUUAUAAAAAAAUAUUUAUCAGAUUCAAUGUCAGUUUCAGGUAUGACAUCUUCAUCGCCUAAUUGAAAAACUUCAGGUUGGUCUUCAUCACUUUCAGGGGCCAAUAUGCGAUGUGAUUGACCAUAUUCAUCUUGCGACAGAUCUGGAUCGUCACUUUCGUUAUCACUGGGUAUGCUGUGAAUACCCCGAUUACUACCGUAAAAUAUUUUUGGAUCCAUCUGCAAAAAACACUUCAUUUUUAGACCCAGUUGCUGAAAUGCAUAGUGUACCACCAAGCAUGUAAGCGCAUAGCGUCUCAUAAAUGACUCAUACUUACUUUUCGGUCUAAUAGUAAGUACCAAACAAAAAAUACAACAAACUUACCUUCAAAUGCAAGAAAAACCAAUAUGCAAUACACAAAUAUUCUUUUCAAACAAAACUGCUAGAUUUUAUUCCAUAAACACACCAUGGAAAAGUAGCUAAAUGGUAUGAAAGGCGACAUCAAACUAGUUGUCAGUUCAAUGUGCCUAAAAUGGCGGUACGGUUUGCGCGAUUGUAGAAAUACGGCAUAUACGCAUUUAUGUAUCGGUCCCAGAUGUGACACGCCAUGUAGUUUUUCUUUAUUUUCACUUUAAGACUUAGAAAAAAUUACAAUUUUGGUUUGUAUCACAUUUGACUCGGUAUGCAGUAAAGGGUUAAUGAAAAUAGUUGACAAUAAACAUCCAUUCUGAAA